AUGUGGGCGCGUGAAAUUUUGAAAGCAAUCAUUAUUGCUUUCUUAACCCUAGACAGCAUUUCUGUGGGUCUGAGAGUUUAUGUCAGAGCGUGGCUGAGCAAGUCGUUCGGAUAUGAUGAUUGGGCUUUGAUAUUGGCGUAUGGCGGCUUCGUGGCGUUAUGCAUCACCACCUCAAUUUCACUACGGGCAGGAUAUGGCUCACAAGACUUAAAUUCAGAUUUGGAAGUCACGGCGGUCAAGUUUUUCAUUAUUUCCACACUAGAAUACGUCCUCAUUGUCUUCGUUGCCAAGAUCAGCGUCGCACUCGUCCUUUUCCGUCUUGCUAGACACAACAACACCGCGAUACGCCUCAUCAUCCAGAUAUCUAUGUUCUGCAUGACAUUAUGGACCAUAGCCACCUCCAUAAUUGUAGGUCUCCAAUGCCAACCACUACGCUAUGCCUGGGGCGAGGGAACAGGGAUUUGCUUGUCGCCAAAAUUGCUGGCAAACACAGGGUUCGCCGUGUCUGCUAUGGAUAUAUUUUCCAGUUUCUUGUAUGCGUCGCUGCCUAUAUUUUUGCUUCGCGGGAUUCAGCUUAGCCUGCAAGCCAAGAUUUCAGUGGUUGUACUGUUGGGGAUGGGGAUUGUAAGUUCAGUGGCAACAAUCAUGAGGUUGAAGUACUUGGUCGAUGUCGCGAACUUGCAAUCUUCGGUGGGUCAUGAGGCUAUGGAGGCAUAUCUUACGACGUUCGUCUACUCUAUCGCCGAACUCGGCCUUACGAUUCUUACAGCAUCACUCACAGCUUUACGCCCGCUUCUGAAGAAGAUUUCCUGGGGGCGAACUAUUCACCCCAUCUCCAGACACAUAUCUGGUAUUUUCUCCAGAAAACUAGAUUUGCGCCGAAUCCUAGAUCCGAGCAUCAAGCUUGAAGAUUCCACCCACGAUACGAGUACUUCUGUAAGUCGGGAGUGCGUUGUGCCGAGACCCGGCGGUGUAUACAAGAAAACAGAAUACGCGGUCACCUUCACAAACGCUUAG